AUGAAUAUGUGCGACAAGAUCGUGCUCUUCUUGGGGGCUUUGAUGAGCUCAUCGCUCUUUGCCUUUCAUCACAUGAUCCCGAGCCCCUGGGAUCUCGUCUAUGUCGUCCUGGGCUGCUUGAUGAUGCCCGCAAUAUUUUUCUUGAUCCUGAUGCGACACGUGCCUCACAAGAGCGAGGAGAAGUACCAUGUGAGCCGGGUUUGGGCGCGAACCGCCUAUGAUGCGGACAUUGCACAUCGAACUUUGGCCAUCUCCCGCGUACGAAUCGCUGGGACCAAAGGCGGCAAAGGAAUGAUCCAGGAUGUGGGGCUCAUUGGGGAGCAGUGCGCUGUUGAGUGCAGCACCACCAACUGCGUUUGUUGCCUCACAGAUUUUCGCCGGGGGGAUGCACUAGCUGUACUUCCUUGCGGGCACAUGUUCUGCGAGGCCUGCAUUGUGGGAUGGUCCUUCUCCGGCCGUGCUUCUUCGCGGCUUUGCCCCAUUUGCCGCAGUGCCCCUGGGUGA